GCUUUGGGGACGGUGCUGUUGGCGGCCGCGGCCUGAGCCCGGGGGGUGCGCGCUCCCUGCCCCCCCGCCAGGUCACUGGCCAUGGAGGGCACAGGGCCUGCUGGGGAGACGCCUCCCCUCUCUGCGGCAAUGCGGGCAAAGAUCGAGCGGAAUCGCCAGCGGGCGCUGAUGCUGCGACAGGCCCGGUUGGCCACCCGGCCCUACCCUGCCGCCCCCAGUGAAGGAAGUGCUAAAGUUAAAGCACCUCCAAAGAUAAUUGACACAGGGGGAGGGUUCUUUUUGGAAGAGGAGGAAGAGGAGGAACACAAAGUUGAGAAAAUUGUCCAUCAGCCAGGACCUGUACUAGAAUUUGAUUACCUUAUUUGUGAAGAAUGUGGCAAACAAUUCAUGGACUCAUAUCUCAUGCAGCACUUUGAUUGGGCAACAUGCGAUAAUUGCAGAGAUGUUGAAGGUAAGCAUAAGCUUAUAACAAGGACUGAGGCAAAGCAAGAGUACCUUCUUAAAGACUGUGACUUAGAUAAGAGAGAACCGGUGCUCAAAUUUAUUUUGAAGAAAAACCCUCAUAAUUCACAGUGGGGUGACAUGAAGCUUUAUUUAAAAUUACAGGUAAUAAAACGUUCGCUUGAAGUUUGGGGUAGUGAAGAAGCGUUUCAAGAAGCAAGAGAAACCCGCCAAGAUAAUAGAGAAAAGAUGAAACAGAAAAAGUUUGAUAAAAAAGUUAAAGAGCUCCGUCGAGCUGUUAGGAGCAGUGUGUGGAAAAGAGGAACAAGUUCCCACGAGCAUGAGUACGGACCCGAAGAAAACAUUGAAGAAGAUACAUACAAAAAGACAUGUACUAUAUGUGGCCAUGAAUUAACAUAUGAGAAAAUGUAAUAGCCCUUGAUUGAUUUUACAUAAAAUGCACCUUUUGUAAUGUUAAUAUUUUGUAUCAAGUAAAAUAAAAAUGAUUGAGAGUA